UCCUCUCCUCCUAACUCCUAAGUAGUUCUACAAUUAAAAAAUAGAAUAGAAUAGAAACUGCUUUUCCUUUCUUCCCGUCUUCGGAGAAAUUGUAGCAAUCAGAGGUGAAUAGGGAAAUGGCAUGCAUUUCUGCCGUCAUUUCUGUUUCAAGUGUUAACGUUGGUGCUUCAGCAUCUCCAUCACCAUCCUCGUCCUGGUGGCGGCACUGGCACACGCCCAAGCUUCAGAGCAUCACAACGCCCCUUCCCAGUCCCAGACCCGCUGACGCCCAUCCCCAACCUGCAGCAGGGUUUUCACUUGCUGAAGAUGAAACUCCAAGGCCAGCCUUUUCUCCUCUUGUCCAUCGGCGGAAAGUUGUCCUGUCUUCUGUUGGACUGUUGAUGGCGUCCACUUAUUUCAAUGGAGCCGCCUCUGCCCUGUCUUCUCGAUUCGCUGACAUGCCAGCAUUGAGGGGAAAGGACUACGGCAAGACAAAGAUGCGGUAUCCUGACUAUAUUGAAACAGAAUCAGGUCUACAGUACAAGGACCUGAGAGUAGGAAGCGGGCCGACACCAAAGAUAGGAGAGACAGUUGUGGUUGACUGGGAUGGUUACACUAUUGGAUAUUACGGUCGCAUAUUUGAAGCUCGCAACAAAACGAAGGGUGGUUCGUUCGAGGGGGGUGAUAAGGAGUUCUACAAAUUUAAAAUUGGAUCUGAAGAGGUCAUACCUGCAUUUCAGGAAGCUGUUUCAGGCAUGGCACUUGGUGGUGUCAGAAGGAUUAUUGUUCCCCCAGAACUGGGAUAUCCUGACAAUGACUUCAACAAGAAGGGUCCUAGGCCAACAACAUUUUCGGGGCAGAGAGCCUUGGAUUUUGUGCUGAGAAACCAGGGGUUGAUAGACAAAACUCUUUUGUUUGAUAUUGAGCUAUUGAAGAUCGUCCCUACUUGAGGCCUUCCCUAAUUGAAGAAUGUAUGAAAUAUAUUGUCAGAUUUGUUCACAUACAACAGUACCAAAAGGCGUUUCUUAUACAACGAUGUAGAGAUGUAGACGACACUAGUAGGGUUGCUAUAUUGUAUUUCAAGUUGUGUACGACACCCUCUAAAAAUCAACAAGCAGAAAAAUUGUAGAAACGCUUUCAACACUCCACAGAGAGAAGCUUUGGCUUGCUUACCAUGAAGUUUUUUGAAUGCGCAAGUUUGCUUUA